GUAAAAUGAAAUUAUUUUGGUUGUCUAUAGUAAUAUAUAUUGCCUUAAUAUCUGUCGCUAGAGCAAUUCUGUUAUGGCCCAUACCUCAAAAUAUUCUAUUAGGGGAAACAGAGCUUCAGCUUGAUACAAAAUUUUACAUUUCUGGUUCUGAUAAUAAGUAUUUAAAGCAUGCUAUCAAACGUUAUACACGAAUUAUAACCUAUGAGAGAUGGAUUCCGGUUCAGAAUUCUUUUGAUAUGAAUCAUGAUUCAAAUUCAAAUAUCUCAGAUGCUACAUUAAAAUCGUUAGAUAUAAUUCUGAAAGACGAACAUAAAAAAUUAGAAUUUGGUGUAGAUGAGUCCUACAUAUUAAAUAUACCUGUGAAUCAAAGGAAAGCUACAUUAAAAGCAAAUACAGUAUGGGGUGCUCUUCGUGGUCUUGAGACCUUUUCUCAAUUGGUUCAAUCUUACCCUAGUCGAAGUGAUGAUGGAGAGGAAUCCAUUAUAGAUUACGAUGAUGAGGAAGAAAAUGAUGACAAUAAAAAUAAUGGAUUUGAAGGUCUUUAUAUACCUAAUGUACCUAUCAAAAUCAAGGAUUCACCUAAAUAUACACAUCGUGGACUAAUGUUAGAUACAUCAAGGAACUUUUUCCCAGUUAAGGAUAUUCUUCGUACUAUAGAUGCAAUGGCUUUCAAUAAAAUGAAUGUUUUCCAUUGGCAUAUAACUGAUUCUCACAGUUUCCCAUUAAAACUUAAAAGUGCUCCUGAAUUUGCACAUCAAGGCGCUUAUGUAUUGCAACAAAAAAGAUUAACCUAUUCUAAAAAGGAUAUUAAGCAUAUAAUAAAAUAUGCAUACAAGAGAGGUGUACGAGUAAUUCCCGAAAUUGACAUGCCUGCACAUACCGGAUCAUGGGCGUUAUCUCAUAAGGAGAUCACUACGUGUACAGGUAUUCAUUACCUUGAUAAAAGUAAUGAAUGGGGUAAUCGCCUUGCAGCUGAACCUGGUACCGGACAACUUAAUCCAGUUCUUAAUGAGACUUAUGACCUAGUAGACAAAGUAAUUACUGAGGUUGCUUCUUUAUUUCUAGAUAACUGGUAUCAUGGAGGAGGUGAUGAGCCAGUAUAUAAAUGCUGGGAACAGGAUAAAAAUGUUCGAAAUUAUAUGAAGACUCACAAUGUUACCGGAAUCGAUCUUCUUCAUCUAUUUUUACAAAAAGAAUUGAAUAUUAUUAAGAAUUCAAAAAAGACGGCGAUUUUGUGGGAAGAUGCUGUUACCAAUGAUAAUUUACCUAUAUCGAAAGAUGUAAUUUUACAGGUUUGGACUAACCCUGUACAAAAUGCAAUAAAGAAGGGUUAUAAAGUAAUUGCUUCUAAUUAUAAUUUCUGGUAUCUUGAUUGUGGACAUGGUGGAUGGGGUGGUAAUGAUACUAGCUACGAUGAACAGGCUGCUCCAGAGAUCCCAAAAGACGUUGUUCUUGCUUUAGACAAGAAUAAUGUAGCAGAUAAUUACAAGACUCAAAAUUGGGGAGGAGCAGGAGGUGAUUGGUGCAGUCCUUUUAAGUCAUGGCAAAGAAUAUAUAGUUAUGACAUGACUUAUAAUCUUACUGAAAAGGAAUCUAAAAAUGUUUUAGGUGGAGAGGUAGCAAUGUGGACAGAACAAGUAGAUUCAACAUCUCUGGACAUCCGACUAUGGCCAAGAGCAGCAGCAGCAGCAGAGAUAAUGUGGUCUGGAAGAUAUGAUAAAAAAAAUAAAAAACGUGAUAUUGGUGAUGCAAUGCCAAGAAUAUUUGACUGGCGAUUUAAGUUAUUGAAACGAGGAAUAAACACAGAGGCUCUGCAACCCUUAUGGUGUGGACAAAACCCUCAUAUGUGUGAUGCUACUUAUCCUACUGCAUUCUAAGUAAUAUAAUAAAA